CGAAAUAACAAUGACUCCCCAUAUGUUUUAUGACUCAUCAGUAUUUUUCUAACACUGAAUGCUGAGUACUUUAUUAUACGAUUUAUGAAAUUAAUGGUUUAGGUUUUGAAGACAACUCCAAGUAAGAUUACAUAGUGACAUCACAAUGCACCCAACCACCAACACACCCAAGCGAAGUCGUAACAAAUGGAGUCUCGACGUUAAUUUAAAGAAAGGUGAAUCGAGGUUGGAGCUCCCAGCACCACCGGGGUAUGCUAGAGAGCAACCAUCGAUAGGGAGUGACGACGCGGUUGCCAGCGACGACGGAGGAACGAAUCUGAUCGACAAAAAAUCGUGGGAAAUUGCGGUUGGUCCGAUCAAAGGAUUGCCGAUGAAUAUCUUCAUAAUGUACAUGGCCGGCAACACAAUUUCCAUAUUUCCCAUCAUGAUGGUAGGAAUGAUGUUCUUUAGACCGACCCAGGCUCUCAUGGGGAUUCGAACAACUAUGAGAAUGCUGGAAAACUCCAGCCAAUAUAUUUUCCAAACAUUCUUAUAUUUCCUUGGUAAUUGUUUGGCACUUGCGCUCGCUGUGUAUAAAUGCAACAGCAUGGGUUUGCUACCGACGCACGCAUCGGACUGGUUAGCGUUUGCUGCUCCUAUACAACAACUGGAGUAUGUAGCUGGGGGGUUUGCAUUGUAAAAACAACUAUCAGGGCACUGGACUUAUAAAACUAAGAGGUUUAGACAAUAAGACUUGUUUUCAAUAAGAAGGUUUGUAUAUUUCAAAGAAUUUUAAGGAUAAUUUGAUUAUAAUUGGGAAAUAUUGAAGUUGCUGCAAUCACUGAUUCCCUGCAAAACUGUUAAGGGCAAGAAUAUAAAUGUAACUAUUGAAAACUGUAAUAUUAUUGUCCACAAACGCAGUAAAUAAAACUCUAAAUUGAAAAUAUUUGAUUUAUUUCGAAAGUUCAAUAACAGAUUCCUCGCUAAAAACUUCUUUGCGACAACAACUAUUGAAAACUGUAAUAUUUUCCACAAAACGCAGUAAAUAACAAUCUGAAUUGAAAUUAUGUGAUUUAUUUUGAAACUUCAAUCAUAGAUUCCUCGCUUAAAAGUUUUUCGCGAACUUUUCCGACUUUCCUUCCUUCAUUAACUUCGUGUUCGUCAAUUGUUUGCCAGCGAUGCCAUGUUAUUACGUCAAUGUCUGGAAAAAUCUUGUGUUAGGCAAGAGAAGAUUGCAUAG